AUGGCCAACUUCAUCUUCUCUAGUUUUCACGACAGCAAGAAGCUUCUGAAGCUUUUUCGAUAUCCCAGAAAACUUCAGGUGGUCGGAAGUAGCGUCCAGGACGUCUGCCAUGGCGGGCAGCUUGAGCUUCGAAUUUCCGGCGGUCAUGGCCAACUUUGUCUUUUCCGGUUUUCACGGUGGCAAGACAUGGUUGGACUUGGCUUCGAGGAGGCCGGCUGUGGCAGACGUACGCGGAGCUCCGGCCAUUUUUUGGCGGUCAUGGCGGCCAGCUCGACGGUUGGCGACUUCUUGGUGAUCAUGACGACGGCCGGACGAUUUUCUGAUAUUCAGGACGUCGGAGAGGUGGCCUAUUGUGGAGCACCGGUCAAGCAAAGCUCAUGGAUGAAGAUGACGGGGAGGUCUGCUAGCAUUAUCCCAGUUCAGGAACCUUUCCUCUUCAUCAGCUCACCUAACACAGCUGCUUCUAAUUCCUCUAGAGCUGCCUCUGGAUCUCAGCACAUCAAGCUCCAUGAAUCCAACAACAAUCAUAUCUCUAUCCCAACUCUUGUCCCUAAAGGAGCCCAAGAAGAGCAGGAUAUGGAACUAGAGAUAGUGGAGGGUUCUGCAGCUUCACAUAUUCCUCCACAAGCUGAGCUCAAACAUAAGGCUAUCAUUGCAGUUAAAAAUGGAAGAGGACAGGGAACCCCGAGGGUAGACUCUAAAGAAGCAUUGAUAUGA